GUCCCAAAGUGUGUCCUCUGUUGAACUGAAUGGAACUGGCUUGGGAGGGGAAGCUGUGGCGGUGAUACUUGAUGCAGUGUGGAGACUUUCUCUCCGAUGAGGUUAUUUUGUUGGUAGCUGUCCCGCCGGUAGUUUUGAACAAUGGAUGUUGGCUCCUGCAACAAUCAUUAUUUCUAUGAUGUGGACAUGAAGGAAGACUUUUAUCGCUGCAUUGCUCCAAGUGAAGACAUAUGGAAGAAGUUUGAGCUUGUGCCUGGUUUCCCCCUAUCACCUGGGGGAUGCCCAGGUGGUGGUGGCACAGACUGGGGAGCUGAACUGAUGGAUUUGGGGUGGGAGUCUCCUAUGAAGUUGACUGGGUUGAGUUCAGUAGUGCUCUUGAGAGACUGCAUGUGGAGUGGCUUCUCUACCAGAGAGAGGCUGGAAAAGGUAAUCCAUGAGCGGCUGACUACUGCGUCUCCUCGAGCAACAAACCCCCAAAAACCUGUAGCAGAUCAUGAAAACUCAGAACCUGGAGUAAACUCUAUAGAACAGAAUGCCACUCCUCUGGUUGUGCCGACGCCCGUUCCUGAAAAAGUUCCCAAUUCUUCUGGAUCUGAGAGCACCAGUGACUCGGAGGAUGAUGAGAUUGAUGUGGUAACCAUUGAGAAGAGAAAGUCUUAUGGUGGGCGACAACCAGUUACUAUCACUGUACGGGCUGAUCCAACAGCUACUAAACUUUUUCAUAUAUCCAUACACCAGCAACAACACAACUAUGCAGCCCGUCUUCCACCUGAGCCUAAUUCAAUGUCCCCACAACCCAACUUUCAUUCACCAAUUAAGGAGGAACCAGGAGAAGUAACAUCUCCGCCAGCAUUACAGCAAUGUAGUUCACCGAUGCCAGGCUCUCCUCUAGCUUCAGGCAGUUCUGACAGUGAGGACAUUGUUAAAAAGAAGAAUCACAACUAUUUGGAGCGUAAAAGAAGGAAUGACCUGCGAUCACGAUUCUUGGCACUCCGAGAAGAGGUACCCAGUCUAACCCGCUCAACAAAGACCCCAAAAGUGGUGGUUCUCAGUAAAGCAACAGAAUUUCUGAAAGGUCUUGUCAUUCAAGAGCAGCAACUCACUGCAGAAAAGUUUAAGCUCUGGUCUCGACACCAGCAGCUCCUAAGAAGAAUAUCCCAUUUAAAAGGUCGCUGAAUGGGAAUUUACUAUGCCUGGCACUUUUGCACAUUUUUGUUUCCAGUGGGAGAAGGAGAAUGUUUGUUUUUUGGGUGCACAAAAGACUACCACAUCAGACAGAUUGCUCUUCAGAGUACACUGGUAUAAAGGGCUUGUCCUAUUUUCAGGUGACUGAUUUCUCUGGUUUAAUAGCUUGUCUGUUCCCUCCUCUGGCCAAAAUCUGUUUACAUUUUUAAUUCUUCUUCAUAGGUAUUUGGAAGCUUUGUUUAUAUUUGCAAAGAAUGGCUUACUCUUUAAAUGUACAGCAGGCCACUGCCAUCAUUUCUAAGUAGAGAAAAUAUUCUAUGGUGAAGCCAGUUGUCUUAACAGAAAAUGCCUAAAUUGCAAAUUCCCUAGUCUGCAGUAUCUGUUUACAUUGACUGCUGUAAUGCACUUGCUAGGUUCUGUGAUGAGGAAGUCAGACUCGCAACCACCUCAAUUUCUCACUUACAUUUUAGCUCAAAUAACCUAAAACCUAAACUACUUAAAAUCUGGAUACUGAUCACAAGACUUGCAGCCGAAAAUGGCUGUUUUGGGAACUGAAUGUCACUUUGCUUGAUAAGAGUUCCGUUGCCAGUUGAGGGAACACUUAUGGACAUGUUGUAAACCAUUCUAUACCUCACUCUUGUCACUUUACACUCUUGUUUGUCGUUUUUCAAACCUGCUGCUGCCUGUGGAUUUUUUUUGUACUGAAUGAAAAUUUAUACUGUAUUUUUGUAUAUCUUUGAGAGGAAUUGUGAUUUAUAAAAAGAGAAAAAUCUUUAACCUGUUGGCAACUAAAGGCAUGCGAUCCUCCUGCUGUAAACUUAUACUUCAGUGUUUCACCUCACAUGCAUCCUUCUCAACCUUUGUCUGUUAAAGGUCUCAGACUGUAAAUGUAGGGAUUAGUAGAGAGGAGACUUGUUAGCUUUGGUUAUAAGCAAAGUCUCUUCCUGGAAUUAUACAGUGUUUUCAUAGAUUGAGGUGAGCGCUAUGCUGCACAUUUUCCAACUGUUUGCUGCAAACUAUAGUGCCCCAGCAUUCAAAUAUACAAUAGACUAUUUGUGGCAACACAUGCUAAAAUACCAAGAGCCAAGAAACAAAGGAAGGCUUCCAUUUUUUAGCAUUUGUUUAAGUUCUAAGACCAGACUAUGGCAAUUCAACUGUAGAUCAAAAACUUUGGCAUACCCUGUCAGUUUAGGUGGUGCACAGUGAUGAGAGCUGUAGUACUGCAACAGCUGGGAUUGCAAAAGUUUCCUGUAUUAAACGAAGGAUGGACCUACCUUGUGCAGGUCUCUUCCAGACUAAACUAACUCAAUUUUAACCUAUUAGAUUGUGGCCUUGAACCUUUUAUAAACCCAGAAUUGAUUUGUCCAGCUUUAUUUCUUGUGCUCUAGUUGCUUCAUUAAUAAUUAACUAAAUUGGCUGCUUGUUCCUACUCUGAUUACGGCAAUAGGGCUUAGUCUGCUAAUAUGGAAAUUGAGUCUAAAUUUUGCCUGAAGACUAAAGCAAAACUCUAAAAUGUGAGUUAUAAUAUGAAGUUAUUGUAUAUUAUACUGCUGUCUUAAUCCAUUGUUUCAGAAAAAUAAACACCAUAUAGGGUUUAUCUUCUAUGGGGACAGUCUAUGCAAAGAGGUACAUUUUUGUAUUACUAUUCAACAUGUUUGCAUUUGUUUGUAAAAGUGGAAGCCAUUUGUCAACCAGACAUGGGCAUAAUUAUAAAUAGUAACCUCACCCAAAUAAGAUGUUUUGUCCAGUGGAAAUGUCCAGUGGAAAUGUAUGUCCUAACUUUCUAUCACUCAGCAGGGACACUGACACUAAUUACAUUUACCAAUAGCUUUAAAGACUUUGUAACUGAUAAUGUAUAUUGGAAUACUCCUUAGAAUUAAAUUUUUUUUUUUCAUUGUGCAAAAUAUUGUUUGGGUGGAGUAGUCGUCUAAACUAACUGACACCACUAGAUGAAGAUGUGACACCUGAAUGCCGGAGUGCCUGAGCAAAGACCAGCAAUAUGUCUGCUUCCACUCGUGUACAUAUUCCACAACAGAAUCACUUGCAAACAAAGGAUGCUCUGCACUACUACUCUUAAUGACUGGAAACAGUGAGGAUAAACCCUAGUAACAUGGCAUACUUUUUCCUGUCUGUUUUCUACUGCUCUGAAAAGUUUAUGAAAAGCUGUACACUACAGUGAGAAACUGCUGAUGAGUGUGGGGAAAAUGCAAAGUACAUGCAACUGUUUAGCUCUGAAGUUGGAGGUAAUAUGGAUACUGCAACAUGCUCUUUCAUAUGGAAUCCUCUGGUAUAUGGCAUAUGGUCAUUUAAAAAGCACUUUUGUUACGUAGAUAAAUGCAUUGUUUGGUCCUCAAAUCUGUUGAGCGUUCGAGGAAGGCAUUCAUUGCAAAACCUUUCUCAUUUUGAUCUAAUAAAUAAAUCUGCUUUGCACAGGA